AUGUGUGAGUACCAAGCAGGACCAGCUGGCGGGUCUCCCCCAAAGCAACGUUUGCUAAAAACUGCCAAGAGUAACAGCGGAGGCGAACUGACAGGUCGCAGGAGCGGAGUCCGCAGAGCGGGGUGGCCCGACGGGGUCCGGCACGUGCCCCCCAGCAUCGCAGCUUCCCCGCAGCUGGCCCCGGGGCGCGCGGCUUGUUCUCUCCUCCAGGUCACACCAGUGACCACGGGCAAGGCGGGGCGCCCCUGCGGGGCCGUCCCCCGCCCCGGCGCCCAGGGCACCGCGCUGCUCCCCGACCCCGAGGCCCCGCCGCCCCGCAGGUGCCGCGCCCGAGCAGCCCCCGCCCGCGCCCCGCAGGUGCGGCGCCCCGACCCCGAGGUCCCGGUCUCCGCGGGGGGCCCCGACCCCGCCGCCCCGCAGGUGCCGCGCCCCCGGCAGCCCCCGCCCGCGCCCCGCAGGUGCGGCGCCCCGACCCCGAGGUCCCGGCGGGCGCCCCGAGGUCCGCACGGCCGUUGUCCCGGGCGCGGCGCCCGCUUACCGAGGAGGCCGGGUCGCCGGGCUCAGCCGGGGCCGCCGCCGCCCAGCCCUUCCCGCACAGGGCCCGCCGUCCGCGGCGUCCCGGCGGCGCCUCCUCCCGGCGCUGCGACUCUUUGUAGGGGACUCGCGGACUGGGCGCCGCUCCGCCAAGCCCCUCGCAGUGAAUGGAAAGUGGCCGGCACCGCGGCGGGCGCGCGGGUGUCCGGUUACAGCGACGCGGCGCGCGGCUCCCGCGGCCCCGGCGCACCGCCCAGCACCCCCGCCCCCCGCACCCCAGUCCAGCACCCGCCGCACCCCCGCCCAGCACCCCAGUCCAGCACCCGCCGCACCCCCGCCCAGUACCCCCGUCCAGCACCCGCCGCACCCCCGCCCAGCAUCCCCCGCACCCCCGUCCAGCACCCCCGUCCAGCACCCCCGUCCAGCACCCCCCGCACCCCAGCCCCGCCUGCCCCCGCCCCGCCGGCCGCACCCCCGCCCGGCACCAGCCCGGCAUCCCCGUCCAGCACCCCUAGCACCCUGCCCAGCACCCCCGCCCAGCACCCGCUGCACCCCCCGUCCAGCACUCCCGUCCAGCACCCGCCGCACCCCCGCCCAGCACCCACGUCCAGCACCCGCCGCACCCCUGCCCAGCACCCCUGUCCAGCACCCCUCGCACCCCCGCCCAGUACCCCCGUCCAGCACCCGCCGCACCCCCGCCCAGCACCCCCCCGCACCCCCGUCCAGCACCCCAGUCCAGCACCCCCGUCCAGCACCGGCCGCACCCCCGCCCAGCACCCCUCGCACCCCCGUCCAGCACCCCCCGCACCCCAGCCCCGCCUGCCCCCGCCCCGCCGGCCGCACCCCCGCCCGGCACCAGCCCGGCAUCCCCGUCCAGCACCCCUAGCACCCUGCCCAGCACCCCCGCCCAGCACCCGCUGCACCCCCCGUCCAGCACUCCCGUCCAGCACCCGCCGCACCCCCGCCCAGCACCCCCGCCCAGCACCCGCCGCACCCCUGCCCAGCACCCCUGUCCAGCACCCCUCGCACCCCCGCCCAGCAACCCCCGCACCCCCGUCCAGCACCCCCGUCCAGCACCCACGUCCAGCACCCGCCGCACUCCCGCCCAGCACCCCUCGCACCCCCGCCCAGCAACCCCCGCACCCCCGUCCAGCACCCCCGUCCAGCACCCACGUCCAGCACCCGCCGCACUCCCGCCCAGCACCCCUCGCACCCCCGCCCAGCACCCCCGUCCAGCACCCACGUCCAGCACCCGCCGCACUCCCGCCCAGCACCCCUCGCACCCCCGCCCAGCACCCCCCGCACCCCCGCCCACCACCCGCCGCACCCCUGCGCCCUCCCCCCACCCAGCCGGGCCCCACCCGGAGCGCGCGGCGCGGGAGGGCGGCGGGGAGCGGGGGCGCGGCUGGUAGCCCGGGCGGGGCGCGCGCUCCGGGGAGGACGCCGGGCGCCCAGCGGGGGAGGGAGCCGCGGCCGUGA